AUGGAGAGCCUGAAAGCAAAACAACAGGCCGAACAUGCAUCGUGUGACAAUUGGGUUCAGAAUUGCACAGACGAAAUUCUACCCGAUUUCGUGACCCGAUCACUGCAGCUCGGUAGUGGAUACAACAACCCUGAUCCACACGACGCUCCAUACGUGAGAGUACUAUCGGAAAUCGAAUCGGCGGUACAACGUGAUCCCUCCGCAGACAUCAUUCGUCAUGAUGUGUCUAAUGCCAUCAUAAAUCACAUCAAUUAUACCAAACAACCUUUCCAUGAUGAGCAGGAGAAAGUCCGUAAGGAGAUACAGAUGACCAAAAAGUAUCUCAGAGAGAAGGAUGAAUUGGUUGUCACUAGAGCAGAUAAGGGGAAAACGGUCGUUGUUAUGAAACGCGACGAAUACAACGAAAAAAUGCAAACUUUGGUAAACGACAGGGAAACGUAUGAGCCGAUCACAAGCGAUCCAACGAAGAGAACACUGAAGAGAAUCAAUGCAAUCAUUGAUGUUUGGCAUGAGAAGGGUUUCAUUCAGUAUUCGGAGAGGACAAAACUGAAGAUUUUCAACUGCAACCCUCCCUGA